AAAUGCCAAACAAGAAGGACCUCCUCCUGCUGUUCGACCACCCCACGGAGCCGGUGUUCAUGGACAAGGGCGGCAAUGGAACCAUGUUCGAAGUGCCCAAGUCAUACUUGACCGAAAAGUACAACUUAGAAGAGUGCCAGAUAGUCAAGAUGCGGCUCGGGGAUGAUAGGCCUAAAGUCUUUGUUUCGGAGAUCAGCAUUCCUGAUCUUAGUUUCCCCGAGUCCCUGAAACGGAAUGAAUCGUUUUCGCUGUUCAUACAAUCGCAUCGCCAAAAGGCUGGCUAUCUGAUCGACAUCUUUUUAAGAUUGGAUUCCGUGGAACACCUAAAAAGCGUGGCCGUGUACGCCAGGGAUCGCAUGCAUCCGGUGCUCUUCCAUUACGCCUUUGCGGUGGCUCUGCUUCACCGUCCGGACACCAAGGACUUGAAUUUGCGCUCCUUCUGGCAGUAUUUUCCCGAUCGCUUCAUGGACUCGACGGUGUUGCAAAUGAUUCGGGAGGAAUCGUUUGUGAUGCAGCGUACAGAAGAUCGCAGGCCCAUCGUCAUCCCCAUCAAGUACACCGCCUCCGAUCUGGAGCCGGAGCACAACCUUUGGUACUUCCGGGAGGACUUGGGCAUCAACCUACACCACUGGCACUGGCAUCUGAUCUAUCCCAUCGAGAUAACCCCCGGCGCCCACCACAAUAUCGUAAAAAAGGAUCGCCGUGGCGAGCUCUUCUACUAUAUGCACCAGCAGGUUAUUGCCCGUUACAAUGCGGAGCGAUUGAGUAACAACAUGGGGCUGGUGAAGCCGUUUAACAAUCUUACUGAGCCCAUUGCAGAGGGCUACUUCCCCAAGAUGGACUCCCAGGUGGCCAGUCGCGCCUUUCCUCCGCGCUUUGAUAACGUAAAACUGACCGAUCUUCACCGAAAGGUCGACCAGUUGAAAGUGGGAAUUAAUGACAUGAAUAACUGGAGCAGAAGCAUCUAUGAGGCCAUCCAUCAUGGAUUUAUUAUAAACGAUGACAAUGAAAGCGUUCGCUUAGAUGAAGUAAAGGGCAUCGACAUCCUGGGAAACAUUAUUGAGUCCUCUGUUCUAUCGCCCAAUUCUAUGCUGUACGGUGACCUACAUAACAUGGGACAUAUGCUGAUCGCGUACGCCCACGAUCCGACCCACAAGCAUCUGGAGUUCCCGGGCGUGAUGGGGGAUUCAUCCACUGCCAUGCGGGACCCCAUAUUCUACAAGUGGCACGCGUACAUCGACGAUUUGUUCCAGGCGCACAAGAAAACACUGCCCGCCUACAAGGCGGAAGACCUGAGCUUUCCGGGCAUAGAUGUUUUGAACAUCAACGUGAAGAGCAGAGGUCAGUUGAACAGACUGACCACAUUUUUCAAGGAGUCCGAUGUGGAUUUGUCCCGCGGCAUGGACUUUCAGCCGCGCGGCAGUGUCUUCACUCGGUUCACCCAUCUGCAGCACCACCCAUUCGAAUACACAUUCGAUGUGAAUAACUCCAGUGGCGCCCCACUACUCGGCUAUGCGCGCAUCUUCAUGGCGCCCAGGUUAGAUGAUAAUAAUAGCACUAUGGUCUUGGCUGACCAGCGCCUAAUGAUGAUCGAGUUGGACAAGUUUUUGAUUCGCAUGCCGCCCGGAGAAAGUACCUUUACGCAGAAAUCCAUCAAUUCAAGUGUUACCAUUCCGUUUGAACGCACUUUCCGUGAUCAGGAUAGUAACCGUCCAGGAAAGAAUACUGCGGCGGAGCAGGAGGAAUUCUUCUGCGGCUGCGGCUGGCCCGACCAUAUGCUGGUGCCCAGGGGUAAGGUUGAGGGAAUGACCUUUGAUCUGUUCCUCAUGGUUUCCAACUAUGAAAACGAAAGGGUUAUUCAGCCAGGUGUGGAAGGCUGCAGCAAAUCAGCUUCUUACUGUGGACUUCGCGAUCGCCUCUAUCCGGAUCGCAGGUCCAUGGGCUAUCCCUUUGAUCGCCUGCCCCCCUGGAAUGUCACCAGCCUAAAUCAAUUCCUCACGAGCAACAUGAAAACUGUGGAGGUUACCAUCACCCAUGAUAAAACCAUCGAAACACUGCCGCCAUUGACAAACCGCAACCGAAAAGUCGACUAA